AUGCCGAAGCCGACGGCCCGGAGUCCUCGGAGGCAAUGGUCUCGAGCACUCCUUGUCGCACUUCAAGUUUUUGCAUUGGCUACUGUGAUGUGGAACGCAACAAAGAUGUGGAAGUCAAGUUCCAUUCUCACAUUUGAUAUGCGGAGACUGUCAUUGUGGCCUUAUGUUGUUGCAGCGACUUUUUUCGGAGCUGAGUUCCUCUUGACGUUGUUGGUUUCGUGCUCCGUGCUGCCGAUUUUGGUUCGACGCGACGGAGUGGUUGGAAAUCCGGACCUGAUUCAUCGCAUGCGUGAGGUGUCAUGGAUUAUGGCUUUAGUGAGCCUGGUAUGCUGCUGCUGCUAUUUACACUUAGCCCUGGAGGAAAGCGAACCCUUGUUGGUGAGUCAAUCCAAUUGGCUAACAGGCGAUGAGGAAGUUCGACUCAUGGGACGAUACAUGCUUUGGGCUUUCCUUGCACCGCUUCAGUGGGUGAGCUUUGCCCGGCUAUACACCACAGCGUCCUGGAAGGAGAUUGCAUCCGUUUCUUUUACCACUUCCCUGGUAAUGUUGCUUGGGCUGCUUUCCGCGACUUCGCGCACUUUAAGUAGUGGCCAGGUGAUUUGGGAAUGGCAGGGCAGAAUCUACUUCACUGCGUCGUUGAUAUGCUACCUCCUCAUGUUCGGGCAGGUGUACUCACUGCCGCUUGACCCAAUCUGCAUUCCCAGCGCAAGGAAGUACUUGAGGUUCGCCAUUGUCCUGUGGACUGCGUACCCGGCAGCACAUGCUAGCCGGAGCCUCGGUCUCCUGAGCCUUUGGCAGGAGCAGGUCUUCUGCUACACUCUGCUGGAUGUCAUUGCAAAGGGUGUGACCCUGUGGAUUUGCUUUUCUGGUCCAGCUUUCAGGAUUUUCUUGAAUAGCCUUGGCAACCACCAGAUCCAAAGCGCCAUGAUUGAUUGGAAGAUAACAGUGGGUGAUCCAGACUGGAACAUCAAGACGCCUUCUACUGAUGGGCUGGCUGCCAUGCAGUUCCACUGGCUUGGAGGCGAUUCAGUGGGGACAAACUUCUUGCAGGGUGUGCUGGACGAUGAUGGGAGCAGAGAAUCGCUGUUGUCCACAGCGAGGCUCAUCGACGCCGAUCCAAGCUUCAGCACUCGCAAGGUGCCCGUGAUUCUGAGGCUGAAGGCAGAGAGAGUUCAAGCCUUGCUUUUUGUGUCACGUGCUGUGUGGGGCAAUCGCCAAAUUGCAUGUGCCCUUCUUCAAGGGGUGGAUUCUGUUCCAGUGCAAGGGUCAGUGGCAGCUUCAGCUUCGGAAUCUGCUUCAUUGGCAGCUGCAUCAGCUGCUGUGGUUGCGAAGAGUCCGCCAACCAAACUCCUGGAAGAAUCAGCUGGAGAGGCACAACAUGCCAUAGUCCUGUGGGCAGAUGUUAGUCCGGAGCUUAUGAAGGAUCCGAGAGAGGCAAGUGCCCCCCAUACCUGUGGCAUCCUGUGGCAUAGGCACGGUCAGAACUAUGCGGACGGCUGUUUCGUCCAUUGGGGGUCGUUGAGUUUCCUAAGCCAGGGCACCAGCAAGUUUGACCCACAACGCGGUUCAAGACAAAGGUUGCUGCAGGCCAACUUUUCCGAAGGAUAUCCAGAGGUGGAGCCCAGCUCCCGGGGCAUGAACCGACAGCAUCAAUCGACUGGAGCUGGUUGGCACAGUCAAGACCUCAGAGAUCCUCAAAGCAGCUUUACAGGUCGACAAGUCUUGCCUUUAAUCUUAAAGUUGCUCAAAUGUUUUACGUUGUUUUUACUUGGUUUGAUGGAAGGGUCGGAAGCUGAUCAAAUUCACCCAUUUCAAGGUAUUCAUAGUUUGGAUAACCGACAUCCAAGUCUUGUUCUGAAGCGUAUGUGCCAUUGA